CAGCCCCGCCCCCGCCAAAGAACCCCACCACCAUCCAGCAACGACAAUUUACCACCCUCCAAAGUCGCUCCUGAGUCACCUCGAGACAGUCACGCCGACGCAGCUGCAAUCCAUCCGCAGUCUCAAGGAACAAUCCGCCCCGCCAAUCUCCUUCUCUGCCCCACCAAAGCUACAAUCAUGCUCGACCUGCAAGAUUUCAUCAAGGAGCGCGGUGGUGACCCAGAGAAGAUCCGGGACUCCCAGCGUCGUCGCCAUGCACCCGUCGAGGUCGUCGACGAGGUUAUCGCCCUAUGGGAUGAACACCGCAAGACCCAAUACUCUGCGACGCAGAUCGGAAGCGAGAUCAACACCGUACAGAAGGAGAUUGGCAUGAAGAAGAAGAACAAGGAGAACGCCGACGACCUGCUCAAGAAGAAGGAGGAUCUGCAGAAGCAGAAGAAGGACAAGGAGGAUGAGGCGACAGCGAAGCUUGUCACGCUCAACGCCAAGGCCAAGAGCAUCGGAAACUACGUUCAUGAGUCCGUCCCUAUCAGCGACAACGAGGACAACAACGUCACGGAGCGCGAAUGGAAGCCCGAGGCCGGGCUCGGCGCCAAGACUGAGCAGACACUUAGCCACCACCAGAUUGUUACCAGACUCGCGGGCUACGACUCUGAGCGUGCUAUCAAGCUUGUCGGUCACAGGGGUUACUGCUUGACCGGCUACGGACUGUUUCUGAACCAGGCGCUCAUUAACUACGGUCUCGAGUUCCUCUUCAACAGGGGAUACACGCCCAACCAGCCUCCCUUCUUCAUGAACCGCAACCAGAUGGCCAAGACUGCCCAGCUUGAGCAAUUCGACGAGGAGCUGUACAAGGUCACGGGUGAUGGCGAGGAGAAGUACCUUAUUGCCACCAGCGAGCAGCCUCUCUCCGCACUUCACAGCGAGGAGUGGAUCCAGGGUGGCCAGCUGCCCAUCAAGUACGCCGGUUACAGCACAUGUUUCCGCAAGGAGGCCGGCAAGCACGGCAAGGAGGCAUGGGGUCUGUUCCGUGUGCACCAGUUCGAGAAGAUUGAGCAGUUUGUCUUCUGCAAGCCUGAGGACAGCUGGAAGCACUUUGAUGAGAUGAUUGCUGCUUCUGAGGAUUUCUACAAGAGCUUGGGUCUUCCCUAUCGGGUUGUUUCCAUUGUCUCCGGUGCUCUGAACAACGCCGCCGCUAAGAAGUACGAUUUGGAGGCUUGGUUCCCCUUCCAGCAGGAGUACAAGGAGCUUGUGUCUUGCUCCAACUGCACGGACUACCAGACCCGCGAGCUCGAGGUUCGUUACGGUGUCAAGAAGGCCAAGGAGGCCCCCGGUGGUGGCCGCAAGGAGUACGUCCACGCUCUCAACGCUACCCUCUGCGCUACCGAGCGAACCCUCUGCUGCAUCAUGGAGAACUACCAGACGCCCGACGGCUUCAAGGUCCCCGAGGUGCUGCGCAAGUACAUCCCCGGCCAGCCCGAAUUUCUGCCCUACGUCGCCGAGCUUCCCAAGGAAAUCACCGUCGUUGCCGGUCAGAAGAAGAAAUAGAUCAUGCCACUUCGUGUGAUCGAGGAGGGAGAUGGUGGAGAAUGAAGAGAACUGACACUAAGUGUCUGGUGAUGAACUCAUGUCCAGACUAUGAUGGAUAUGAGGAGAUCUUAACGGCGGUCGGUUAGGGGAUGGAUCAGUGAGACGAAACUUUGAAGAUACACCCAGACAAAUAAAUCUGCUCUACAACGA